UAGACUAGUAACAUCGCACCCCACCACAGGGUCAGGAUGAAGUUGCAGUUGGCGGUAUUGUUGGCGGGCGUCGCCCUGGCGGUGGCGGGACCACUCCACGAGCCUUCACGUGACACCCACGGGGCGCAGGUACUUAGGGUGAAGGUGACGGACCUCGCGGACCUGAGGUACUUGGCGUACCUGCAAUCGCGUACCACACUGGACUUCUGGACUGAGCCACGUGCCCUGGGCGAAAUCGACAUCAUGGCCCGGCGUUGGGACCUUCCAAUGUUGAAGGCGGCGCUUCAGCACCGUAACUUGCAGUACAGUGUACAAAUCGCCAACGUCCACCGUCACCUCGCCGACCUGAAGGAGAGACACCUGCAGGCCAGAACCAAGGCUGGGGACUCCAGGAUGUCGUGGGAUGCCUACUACAAUUAUGACGAGAUCAAUGCGUGGCUGGACAGUUUGGCCGCCGAAUACCCGUCCAUUGCGACCGUGACGGACGUGGGCACAUCGUACGAAGGGCGUACCAUGAAGCUACUCAAGCUGUCCACCGGAGGGACCGGCAAAGACGCCAUCUUCACGGACGGCGGUAUCCACGCCAGAGAGUGGAUCGCCCCUGCUACAGUGACGUACUUCAUUCAGCAGCUGGUGGCUGGUGAUGGUGUCGGUCUGCUGGACUCGGUGGAUUUCUACUUUAUGCCGGCCAUCAACCCUGAUGGUUAUGCAUACACCUUCACUGACGUGAGCCCAAAAUUCUGUCAUCAUGCUGUCCAUCAUGCCUUUCAUCAAUCCUUGUGGACCUUGGCAGAUUCGCUUGCCAACGCAGCAGUGGCCGCCCUGACCGCCGUCCACGGCACGCAGUACAAAGUGGGCUCUUCCACCAACACCAUCUACAUCGCCGCUGGAGGUUCAGAUGACUGGGCCCUCGGUGUAGGUGGAUCUGAGUACGCAUACACCAUCGAGCUCAGGGACGAGGGGCAAUAUGGGUUCAGGCUCCCUGAGAGUCUGAUAAUACCCACGGCGGAGGAGACGUGGGCUGGCUUCAAGGUGGUUGCCCAGUUCAUCGCCGACAACCCCAAGCCGAAAUAGAUUAACUAGUCAAUCAAUACUCAUCGAUUUUUUAAUAUAAUUAACUGGUCAAUUAACUGGUCAUUCAAUUCUUAUUGAUUAUUUAUUUAAUAUAUUUUCGAUAGAAUUUUGUAAACUUGUAAUGGAUUCCUUUCAACCUGAAUUAUAAUAGAUCAAUUGGUGGCUCAAUUUGUAUAGAUUAAUGAGGUAUUUUCAAUAUGUUUCCUUACUUGUCCAGUAGCUAUCCUCACGUACUUUAAGUGAACUUGGUUCAUCACAUCACCGAUGAUCCAACUCAUGCGCGAAUAAAAUUUUUAUUUGAA